UGCAACAAAAAAAUUUGGUUGAUGUCAUAAAAUAUAGAAUUUAAGUACAGCAAGCAAUUCUUAGUAGCGAAUCUGCCACUGCCCUUCACGUCUCCCUCACAGGUCAGCCACAGAGUUCCCAUCGUUCUCUCUUUCUCUCCCUUCCACCAACCAACGCAAGCGAUCGAGAGAGACAGAGAGAGUAAGAUCAGCAAGUAUGGGUGAGGUGGAGGAAUCCGGUGAAAUGAAUAGCAGUGAAAGGCUCGUGGGAAUAAUUUAUGAUGAGAAGAUGUGUAAGCAUCAUACUCCUGAUGGUGAUUCUCAUCCAGAGAAUCCCAAUCGCAUUAGGGUUAUUUGGAACAAGCUCUUAGCCAAUAACAUUCCUCAAAGGUGUGUGGUUUUGAGUGGGAAAGAAGCAGAAGAUAAAUAUUUAAUGGCCGUUCACUCUGAAAAUCAUGUUAAUUUGAUUAGAAAUAUAAGCUCCAAACAGUUUGAUUCACGAAGAAAUAGGAUUGCUUCAAAACUGAAUUCAAUUUACUUUAAUGAGGGAUCAUCUGAAGCUGCUUACCAUGCGGCCGGCUCCGUUUUAGAGCUUGCUGAGAGAAUUGCAAAAGGGGAUUUGAAUUCUGGUGCUGCGAUUGUUAGGCCUCCUGGACAUCAUGCUGAAUAUGAUGAGGCGAUGGGUUUUUGCCUAUUCAAUAAUGUGGCAGUGGCAGCGAGUUUUCUAUUAGAUGAAAGACCAGAAUUGGGUGUUAAAAAGAUUUUGAUUGUUGACUGGGAUGUUCAUCAUGGAAAUGGCACUCAAAAGACAUUUUGGAAUGAUUCUCGGGUCUUAUUUUUCUCUGUUCAUAGGCAUGAGUUUGGGAGUUUUUACCCAGGGAAUGAUGAUGGCUUUUAUACUAUGAUUGGAGAAGGACCAGGUACGGGAUAUAAUAUAAAUGUCCCUUGGGAGCAUGCAAGAUGUGGGGAUGCAGAUUAUCUUGCUGUUUGGGAUCACAUCUUGAUCCCUGUUGCUAAGAAAUUUGAUCCUGACAUGAUUAUAGUAUCUGCAGGAUUUGAUGCAGCUGUUGGUGAUCCUCUUGGUGGAUGUUGUGUCACUCCAUAUGGAUACUCAGUAAUGUUGAAAAAGUUGAUGGAUUUUGCACAAGGUAAGAUUAUGUUGGCAUUAGAAGGAGGAUACAACCUUGAUUCUAUAGCAAAUUCAUUUCUUGCAUGCAUGAAAGUUCUUCUUGAAGACAAGCCUGUCAGUGGGUCUGUAGAGGCAUACCCAUUUGAGUCGACAUGGCGUGUGAUACAAGCGGUUCGCAAGAAAUUAAGUCCCUACUGGCCUGCACUUGCAGAUGAAUUACCAUUAAAGUUGACUAUUCAAAAUGCCCCUCAUCCGCAUAUUCUUAUCUCAAACUCUGACUCUGAAGGUGAGGAUGAAAAGGCUCCAAAUAUUGUGUCAGAAAUUGUUCAGGAGGUCAUGGAACCCUUUUCGAAGCUGAAAGUUGAAGAUAACCAAGAUCAAGUGGCUACAUCUUCUACCUCUUGGAGAUCUGAGCUUUCAAAGAUUGACAUUUGGUAUGCUUCUUUUGGAUCAAAUAUGUGGAAGCCUAGAUUCCUAUGCUAUAUUGAAGGUGGUCAGGUAGAUGGUAUGAAGAAGCCAUGUACUGGUUCAAUGGACAAAAACCUGCCAAAAGAGAUUUUGUGGAAAAAUUUCCCACACAGACUAUACUUUGGUCGUGAUUCUACACGUACAUGGGGCCCUGGGGGAGUUGCUUUUCUUCAUCCUGAUAAUAGUGUUGGUGAAAAAACUUACAUGUGCCUGUAUAAAAUAACACUAGAGCAGUUCAAUGAUGUUUUGCUUCAAGAAAAUGUAUCGAGUUAUCAGAUGAAUUCACCUGUAUUUGAUUUGGCUGCACUACAGUCUAUCAAGAACAAGGGGUCCAUUUCUUUGGAGGUUUUCAAGAGCGGCUGGUACCGUAAUGUUGUUUACUUGGGAAAUGAGCGUGAUAUUCCUAUACUGACUAUGACGUGUUCGAUUUCUGAUGCUGAAAGCUUUAAACUUGGAGAGUUUCCCUUGCGCCGUCCUUCUAAAGAGUAUGCCAAUACCUUAGUGAAGGGCCUGGUUGAAAGUGGACAACUCUCAGAAGAGGAAGCCAUUGCUUACAUAGAAGAAGCUUCUUCGAAACCACUGUGUUAGCAACCUCAGUCUUAUUUAAUAUCUUCAUGUAAAUGUUUGAAAUCAGUAGGCUUGAUGAAACAGUCAUUCGUGCUCUUCUGACAGGAAGUUUGAGAGUGUAUUACUGUAUGUCCUAUGAAUACUCCUGAUUCUGGCCAAACCUUUCAAUAUUGGCAAUUGGCAUUGCUGUGGGUCUGAAGAUCCCAUUGAUCCAUGAUGUGUUGCUGUUCAUCAUUCCUCCUACGAUGACUGAUGUAGAGACAUUUUUACUAGCGAUGCAGCUGAUUUUCUUUUUA